AUGGAGGCUGUAAGUGAAUGCCCUGAGAGGAGUGAAGAGGAUGAGGGACACCCACAGGAGAUGUCUUUUAGAGAGGAAUAUUCCGAAAGGAGGAGGGUUUUGAUGGAAGAAGACCCCGAGAGAAACAGUAUGAACAUUGGGGAGGUACAUUGUGAGAUUAACUUUACAGGUGAUUCAAAUCCUGACACUGGUGACUUUGUUGAUGUCAAGGAUGGCUAUAUAGCUCAAGCUCACUUCUCAGACCUGGCAUUGCCUCCAGUGCAGAGGGAAGUUCAGAAUACCGAGGACCUGGCCUUCCUCUUUGAGAAGUGCAUUGGGGAAGUGGGUGAUUUGGAACGGAAGAGGGAUGCGCUGGUGCAGGAACUGCUGCAGCUGGAACAACCCAUGUUGCAGGCUGUGCAGGAAAUGCGGCUGCAGCUGACUAAGACACGUAGUGAACUGUCCUGCACACAGCUGGAGAAACAGAGACUGCAGGAGGAAAUGAGCCAGGUGAAGAGGAAGUUGUUUGCCAUGGUCAGGGAUUGUAUACAGACUCAGGUUACCAUGGCAGCUCAACAGUAUGAGGUUGCUCAACUUGUUCUCACGCAGGAGGAGCUCCAGUCUCAGGUUCUGGAUCUCAUUCAGGAGACCUCCCAUAUCCGCGAAGCCCAUAGGAACCAUCUGGUAGCCCUGGAGGAGGGACUGAGGAGCCGGCGCCGACCCCGGGCAAUGAGUGACCUGUCCCACUGUCGAAGAGCCUCCAUGGAGUUUGGUCGCUAUGCCCGCAGCAGCAUGAGGAGUGUAGAGCAAUGGUAUGAGCCACGGGUGAUGGCUCUGCUGAGGAGGAGACAGGUGGGGGAAGAGGCCUUACGCAGGACCAGGGAGCUGGGGCAAGACCUGAGAACACGACUGAAGCCCCUGAAAGAUGAGAGCCAGAAGCUGGAACUACAGAAGACCUGCCUGGAACAAAGACUAGCCCUGAUGGAAGAGCAAAGGAGAGAGACCAUGGCCCAGUACAAGGAGGCUGUGUUUUCUCUGGAGGAGAGUAUGAGGGAGCUAAAAACAGAGCUUCAGGUUCAGAUAAACGUAAACAGACAGUUGGAAGAACUCAGAAGCAUGCUUCUCACACAACUGGAUUUCUACAGGAGGACUGUAGUUGAUCAAGACGGGUCGCGGACCCGGACUGAGGAGUGA